CAAUUAUGUAUUAUGAGCACUAUAUUACCUACAAAACCAGCUGAUUGAAAGUGAAUUUGGGGAAACGUUGGUAGAAAAGUAAUUAUGGCAUCAACUCGAAGAUUUCUGUUACAAUUGUGCCGAAGUGCGCCCAAUCUUCUAAACAAUUCCAGCAGACUGCAGCGCUUGCCGACUGCUGCUAUUGUGCGACAUUCUAGCUAUCUAUCUUCCCCACAAGUGGAAUCCCUCGAGAAAUAUCCCGAAGUAGAGAUUGUGCGCGAUGCACCUGAAUGGAAAUAUGUUGAACGUUUGCUGCCGCAAAAAACGAUACCAAAACCCGUAAAAAAGGCAGAGUAUCCAUCGGGUUGGAAGCCACAGACCGCAGCUGCAUUACCAAAUCUGAAAUAUUUUGUAGCACGCACGAAAAAUCACAUGGUCCCCGUGUAUUUACAUACAACGUUCCGUGGGCAGCGUCGUAUUACGGUGAUUCGACGCAUUCAGGGUGAUAUUUGGGAGCUGGAGCGGGAUUUACGCAUUGUAGUAGAAAAAGCUAGAAAUGGCAAGUUAUGCGCCAGUCGCGUAAAUGAGAUGAGUGGACAAAUUCACUUCCAUGGCGAUUAUGUUGAUGUUAUACGGGAACACCUUAAGGAGAAAGGUUUUUAAGAUGUGCAUUUUGUUACUUAAUUGUACCACGAGUUUGUGAAAAAAUAACUAAAUUUCAAUCAUAUUCUAUAAAAGUACAACUAUACGAUUUUUAUUUUUUA